CAAGAUGCGGACGGUGUGGUGGAGCGCGGCUGCGCUAGCGCUGCUGGCGGUCUCCAGCGCCCUUCGAACCACACAGGUGGAAGGCGCAUCGAGGUAUAACAGAAGGUUGCCAUCACCAACGGCGUCCGAUGUAAGAAGUUCAACAGAAGGAGAGCAGUCAGCCGCGCCCACUUUCCAGCCCAGAAGUAGUAGAAGACAAGAAAUACCUCAACGUGACGUGCGAACCAGAUCUCAAUCCAGAAGGCCGCUGCAGAGGACAGAAACUUCUUCAGAAGCAGAUCCAAUUCAGCCAAGAGACGAACGCAACGAACGAUACGACUCUAGAAGGAUUUCUAGUCGAUCACGAAGUAGAAAUAUCGAAAGCACCACAACUGAAUCACCAGCUAAGACAGAACAGACUAACAGAAGUAGAAGUCGACAAGGCGUUAGAAGAAUACCAACAUCUCAUGCCCCUUUAGCAUCCUCUUCUCUUCCAACGGAAAAUAGUAAAAAAGAUAAUACUGCUACUGACGAAAUUGAAAAAGUGAGAAAGGGAAGUAAUCCUGAAAACCAGUUCAGAAGAAGGAGUUCGUCAGUUCAAACUGUGGAAACUAUAGCGCCAAAAAGAUUGCGUGGACGCAUAAACACGAGAACAAAUGCUAGAUCCCUCGAUCUUGAAGUUUCUGGUACAACAAAUGCUUUAUUAUCUAACUACGAAAAAGAACCCACCACUGCAAGAACCUCCGAUAUAAGAAAUUCAAGGAAAUUACGAUACAAACAAAGAUUAUCGGAAACUGAUAGCAAUUUAACCGGCGAUGGAAUUACAGCUACCAAUGAAGUCAAACAAUCUAGUCAGAAAAACGAAAAUAUUCCUAGUCAAAGUGAAAAUCAGACUCCCAUCCCAAUUGUGGUAGAGGAAACUCAAUCCACGCUUCAGCCAAGCACUGAAACAUUACCAGUAACAAGCACCAUAUCAACCAUAAGUAAAGAAAUAAAACGACCAUUGGCAAGAGGUAAAGGGAAUUUUAAGCCAUCGGUAACUGUAACUAAGGUUCGGUCAACUGACGAAAUUAGCGAAGAUGAUAACUAUCCAGAAAGUUUCAAAGCUUUGAUUCAAGCAAAAAAUGCAUCGACACAAGCGAGCUCUCCAAGCAGCGAGAGUUUGUCAUUGAAAGCAUCACAAAAAAUUUACAAAACAUUUGGAACGUCACACAACAACACUCGGACCACUACAAACAAAUACUCACGGUUGCGCAACAAACUAACGCAGGAAGGUAUAAAAAAAGAAAGUAAGAAUGAAGACAAAACUAUCACUGCCACUGCAGAACCUGUGAAAAUAAAAAAGGCAGAAUUUCGUCCCCGAGGCUCGUACAACCCAAGGAGUCGGAAAUUGACAUCAUUUACUCCAACUACAGCAUCAACAACAACGUCUUCGGGUCAAAGUACAGCAAAGCCAGCUUACAAAUACAGCAGAAAAUUUAAAUUAUCUACAACUGAGUCCCCUAAAAAUGAAAUCACAGCAAGAUCCAGUAUUGAAUCAAGCACAUCAUCGAAAAAGUCUUUUGUGAGGCCAACUGUGUAUUCUCGGAAAAGUGCAAACAGGAAAAAUUAUACCACUACUACAGAACGAUCCUCCGAAGAGAAAUCAAAAGAACCGGAGUCGUCGAAUUUGAAACCUAAGGUAUUGCCCAGGACAUCGUAUUAUUCACGUUUAAGAAAUAGCAAAAAUAAAACGUCAUCUACAGAAGCAAUAAAAGAAACGACCAAUAACACCCGAGCUGAAGAACCAAAAACUGAAGGCGCAUCAGAUGCUCCGCUAAUAUUUACGUUGUUAAAUAAUCCUGUUAAGAAUGACGAUGUGAUAACUGAAACACAAAUGAAACAAAAUGAAAGUAAAGAAAUGUUUAUUAUAGCGGUAACAAGCAAAGAAUCUCAAGAACAAAAUAUUUUAAGUGAGUCAAUAAGUGCUGCCGAUGUAAGUGAUAAAUCUGUGAUUAACGAUACUCCUACAACAGCUAAAUACCAUGCAAUUUAUAAGGAUCCAGAUUCGAUCAACCAUCUUGAUAACAUUGAACCUACUCUCGGUAGUACAAGUCCUGGUGUUAGAAACUUUCAUACAGCAAGAACUAAUCGUAAGCAGAUACAGUCCUUCGAAAAAGAUAUCGAUGUUCCUAAUACAGCAACUCCAAAGAUACGUGAAAGAAAUUCAAGAAAACACGGCGAUUCCUAUUCAAAAACAUCAGAAGAUCCAACUAAUGUCAUAUCACCUGAGCCUGAUAAAAUGAAAGGCAGAUUUAGCUCAAAGUUUCGGGCUUCUUAUUUAGAUAAACCAUUUUACAAACCUACGGUUCCGUCCGUUACAUCUUCAUCAACUGUAGAGGGAGAAGAAAUUGACUUAGGGCCAGACGUGAACGCUAUAUCUUUUACUAAGACACGGAGUAAACUUACCUCAGCGGACUUGAAACUUUCAGAGAGUUUAAUAAAACCAUCACAAAUCAUGAACGUUGAGGCAACACAUCAUUCACCGUCAGUUACUGUAUCUAUAUUUGAUGCUUUAGCUGAAAUUCUUACUUCUACACCUAGACCCCGUUUAUCCUCAACUACAGAAGUAACGCAAAAUCAAAAUAAUAAUAACGAUAUAGUAAAAUCACACAACGGCGUGAGUAAUAAUAUUAAUGUAAAUAGUGUCAAAGGCUUUGCAAGUCAAGACACAUCAAGUGCUGGUGCAAACACAAAUGCUAAACUUGUACAGAACACUGACCAGACACAAAAUGUGAUUAAUCAUUUGUCGGUUGGGGAAAGUACUAUACAACCAUUAAACACAGAAGAUGGAAAUAUAGCUCUAGUGAAUACCGCACCACCUAUUCCUAUCCCUACCCCUACUCCUACCACUCCUGUUUCCGCUAGACGACCAUUUGCCAUAAAGGUAUUAUACUCUGAACCAUCGUCAGACCAACCCACUACAGCACCUGAACCUACAUAUGUUAGAGCAACAACUGACCAUCCAACAACGGUACAUAAAACUGUGUCUGAUAUUUUAAUAUCAAGUAACAAUGUAGUAUCCUCUGAACUAACUAGCAUGUUGUCCAAUAACAUUAAAAAUAUUAUUGAAAAUAUGGAUAGCAACAGUAAAAGUAAGCUAUCCCUAGAUAUGGCUAAGUUGUUAAAGACACUAAUUCCCAGGGCAUUAGACGGACUUGCGACUGGAGCUGACAAUGUAGACAUUAUUCCAAAUACUACUCCUUACAGUUUGGAUGAUAUAAAGGACACUGAAAAUAUAGACGUUUCAAAUAAUAUUGAUAUUAACACGAGUAGUACAAUUAUUGUCCAAAAUGUAAUGAGUGACUCUAAUGUAAAUACAAGUAAUAGUAUCGAAACGACAGUAGGUCUCGCUGACAAUUCCACACUAGCUGUAAAUAGCCCCGUAAAUUCACAACAAAUCACAAGCACUAUACCUGUAUCGAGUAGUCAGACGACGUUGACAUACAAUGAGAUAACGGUCACGAAUCCCACUAUAUUAUCAACACGUAGUACAAUUAACCAAGUUAGUUCAACGUCUUCUAACUUACAAGAAACAGAUUCGGGAAAUGUAGACCUAGACAGUAGUACAACAGCUAACAGACCCGCUCCUUUCCCAUUUUUGUCAAAUUUUCGUUUAUGGGAAGACACCACAAAAACUCCUGUAAAACAGAAUCCCAACGCAGCGCCAUUAUUAAGAAACGAAGAUCUUCAAAAUCAAAAGUUAUCUCCCCUUCAGGUUUGGGUAUUAUCUAAAAAAGCUAGAGUUUUGAAGAUGAUAGAAGACCUAAUAAAACUUCAUAAUGAUGAAAUAGCAACAGCAACACCUGUAAUAGAUACAAUACAAACAAAUAAUAUUCCUCUUUCCAAUCGUUUGACUAAAAUUAUGAACUCAUUUACUUCUACGACUGAACCAAAUGACUUGACUAUUGCAACAAACGACCCAACAUCUUCUACAACUAAUCCUUCUGUUGAUCCUGUAACAAAUUCAACAACCUCCAAUAUAUCCAUGGCCUCUAGCAAUGAAAAUUCUCAAGCUGAUCUAGCUAUUACAUCAACAACAACACCGCCAUUAGAAACUAAUGGAAUGGCCGUUUUAUCACGCAUUGGUGAUACUGAACCAACAACUACAGCUUCAUCAAACAACAUCGAAAGUACCACUGUUACUUCUACUACAGAACCAGCUACAGUAGAGAUUUUUGACCGAAAUCUCGGUGAAUCCACAUCAACACUUAUGCAAGAUGCAAUGACAGAAACAACAACAGAUUCAAUGUUAACAGAAACAACUUCACAAACAAACAUUGACAACACAUCGAUUGAUAUUGAAACAACAACUGAAUCGAAUACAGAAACCAGUAAUAUAUCAUCUACAAAUGAAACAAACCAAAAUAUAAUUUCAAGCAUACAGACGGGGGUUGUAAGUUCAACACCUCCAAAAAAAGACUAUGUUAUUUUUGGAAUUUUACCUAAUAAUACUGUGGUACGUAAAAAUCCUAACGAUGACGUGCUGGAAUCAUUAACAGAGGCAAGCCCAUACAUCAUUUACGGCGUACUACCCAAUAACACAGUAAUCCGUAGAUUCCCGAAUGGGACUAGAGUGCCACGAGUUAUGCAAAAAAUUGACAUACUACCAAUCAGUCCAUGGAGUUUGCGAAAUCCAUACAGCCCCAUCCAUAACAACCCGGCCAUUGUACGGCCGCAGUCUAACCCUAUCCGAGUAUCCACUAAUACAGUGACAUCCUCAGACACCUCAAAUAACGAAACGGAUCGUAUAACAACAGACACUGUAAAUAACCUACAACAGAUGAUCUCUUCAUCGGCACUUAAUAUAAAAGAUAGCAGUUCAUUUGGUAUAACUACUGCCACAAAUAAGUCGCCUGCUGAAAAAAGCACUGCCUCGCAUGUAUUGAGUUUACGCACAACAACAAUGCUACCUUCCGUUGAUGAGAUUCUGCUUAAUAGUAUUUCUACAGCCGCUAAAGAGGAAAAGGUUUUAUCAUCAAUGACAAGUUCUACUAGCGAACCGAGAAUAUUAACACUGGAUAUUGAUCCGGAGACAAAACAAAUACGGACAGAAAAACCAGGUGAUGGUACAGGAAAUGCUGUAUUUAAAUUUAUUCCUAUAGAUGAAGUUACAGUAGCUCCUCAGAAUUCCAAUGUGUUGAAACUGGCCACUAAGACAGCCACAACAGAUAUGCAAUUAAAUACUGCCUCAACUGUCACAGAGAUAAAUACACAGACUCCACAAAUUCAAACUAGCAUACGGACGGAUGUGCCAACAACAACCGUUUUUGAGGCAACUAGCAAUCUAGUCGAAACAUUGGCUACAGAAACGCUUCCGUCGACGACAACGGUCACGACAACCACAUUAAACCCUGUUAUAACUACUACACAAGCGCCAACAACAACAGUGGUCUCUACCACAAUAGCAGCGCUUACAACAACAGAAGUCCCUAAAAGUACUAUGGUAUCGUCUUCAAAUUCUUUCACUACCGCAGCUGAAACUAAUAUACCUACAACCGUUACUUCAACAUUACCACCAACGACGUUACCAUUCUCAACGGUAUCCAUCGAAGAAGAAAAGCGUUAUCAAGAAGAUACACAAUUUCUUCAACAAUUAUUAUUAGGAACACGUGAUCCAAAAAACUUGAAUAUACAAAGCAAUGCUAAUUUGUUUACUGAUUUGACAACAACAUCAUUGCCUUCGACAACAAUUACAUCUCUUUCUGCCAGACAAAUCGAAGAAGAAAAGUUAUUGCAAGCAUUGUUAUCAGCCGGUCAAAAUGCGAAUUCUCCUCUAACAUCUACUAAACAGGGAAAUGUGAAGAAUCCCGGAAGUAAAACAACAACAUCAAGAUCAAUAGAAGCUGAUUUAAAACAAUUAGAGGAAGAUACUAAAUUUCUAAAGGCCUUAUUAGAAGCUACGGGGCAAAAUCCAGCCUCAUUUAAUUUACCAUUAUUUGAUGUUAAGACAACUACUCGAUUAACGGCACCUAGUACAACAACUACCACAACCACUUCAUCAACAACAACGACUAGACCAACAACAACAAGCACCGUGCCAACAACUAGUACUACAUCGAUUGACGCGGAUAUAAAAAAAUUAGAAGAAGACACAAAACUGCUACAGGCACUACUGCAAGCAGUAGGGCAAACACCAGCUAAUAAUUUUAGUCCUCCCAUUAUAACUGGAGUGACCUCAAACGUGAGAAUAGCUUCAAAUCCAUUGACUACAUCUCUAGGGUCUAAUCCAACGACACCAAUGAAUGUACGACCUGUUUAUACAUCACAAAGCACAACACAAGCUCCUCCAUUAACGUUCGUUCCUAGAACUAUUUCAAAUACAUUGCAGCCUACAACAACAGAAGCUGUGAAAAUAUCUACAACUUUUUCACCAAGAAGAUCAACUACGUCAAGAAGUGUUCCUACAACAUUAUCAGCACGACGUGCACCAAUUACCAAAGUGACGUCUACUACAGAUAUGCCUAGUACUUCUACAUUUUCAGUUGAAGAGGAUUUAGCAUUUUUGAAGAAUUUGAAAUCAGUGUUAAAAGCAAAUCCCAAUAAUGACGAUCCAGAAGCGGCACUUGCUAAUCGUAUUAUUGCACUUGCUGUAGAAAGGAGUCUGAAUGAAAUACAGACGGGUACAAGUGCCGACGUCCGCACAGGGAAAAAUAUUGCUAAUAAUGUAAACAAUGCCAUUACAUCUACAAGCACAAGGGCAACUACCGCACGCACUACCACAACAGCACGCACGACUACAACGACAACGACGACGACGACAACAACAACAACUACACCAAGCACAACAACAGUUACAGCAAAUACCCCAUCGCUUGAAGAAGAUUUAAAACAAUUUCAGGAAGACACGAAACUACUACAAGCUCUCAUAAAAGCAACGGGUCAGGACCCGUCUAAAUUCAACAUCCCCACACUACCAACUCUUACCAAUUUAAAAGAUGCACAGCCGACUACUACACAAAAUAAUAAACUGGCUCUUACAGGCCAAACAUCAGACGAAGCCCUCAAGAAGUUACUCCAAAAGCAGACCAAGCCGAGCAUGGUCUCCGAAGCAACUCAACCGCCCAUGUCUCUCAGUACUGAGUAUGGAAAGAGCAAUGACGCGUUGCUAGCAGCAUUACUGAAGGAGCAGGGGUUCGGCCCAACGACGGCAAGUUCUUUGGAUGAGCAACUAAGACUAUCCGCAUUACUGAACCAAGUGGUAGUCACGCCGAAGGCUAGACGGACGACGACUCCCCCACCGCCGCCACCACCAAGAAGACCGAUUCUGGAUGGCUUAGCCUGGCUCUGGCAACAGUGGAGGGAAACAGCACCUAGGCCUACCGCAGGCAGGCCUAACAGAAGGCCUACUCCGUCAGCUAGUCCUUCCGUGGCGUCAUCAGCAGCGACAAGCAACAGAGUCAACUGGUUUGGCUCAGGACCCUUCGUCGGCAACGCUGAUGAACAACCAACGUCGAACAGAAUACCUCUGGAACCCCCCGGGGCUGUGACGUCACAACAGGCUCCUGGGAGGGGGCAGCUGGUAUCAGCGGCCAUUAAUGUGACGAGAGCAUUCUCGCAGUUCCUGGGAGCUGCCAUCCAGGGCGCAGCUCAGACGGUCCAAAGCGUGAUCCGCGCUGGGCAGCGGGCGGCCACCGACGUUUAUGUGAACGGCUCGGGCAACUCCGGGUGAAGACUGUUGAACUGAAAACUUUUCCGAAAGUGUCAUAGUACGCACUGUGUGUUGCUAGUGCUCAAAUGUAAAUACUAGGCUUUGAGAUGUACUGACUCGCAGAUUUUUAGGGAAUAAUAAAACAGUUUAUUAAUUGUUUUCAAUGUCAUUUUCUUGUCCUUAUGUCGAGCGCAAUUCGUGAGAGAGACCUUCCCGCCUAACAAUUUUCAUUAUUUUUCAUUUAUAUGAUUCCUAAUUUAUAUCUAUUUAGUUCUAGAUAAUGUCGUAUCAAUAUAUUCCCUACUAAGUCUGUGAGUUUUUCUAGUUAGUUACUUAAUUUUUUCUAAAAAUUUCUGUAUAAAGUAGUUCUUUUUAAAAUGUUCCUAAAUAAAUAGCUGUUGAACAUUUUUAAUUCCAAUUAUUUCUGUAAAAUAUAAAACUACAUUGAUUAAUGUUUGGUCUGGCUUAGGGUUAAGAACAUUGUGAUGUUAGAACUGUCUUAGUAUUUAUUAUAAAAAUAUUUAAAAAGUUCUUGUGUAAUCACAACUUUUUGGUUCUUAGGAAAAUCUAUUAUUUUCAUACUUGUAAAUAUAUGGAUUUUCUUGUGCAAAUGUGAUGGACUAUGCAAAUUGCUAUACCUAGCUUUGUUUUAAAUCUAUCAUCAUAUAGAUUUUAAACUGGUUUCGCCUUGUUUAUUGGAACCUAACGUUACCAUAAUUUUACCCAACUGUGCACAAAAUAACAAUAUUUGACUUUUAUGUACCUGAAAUGACUUGAAUAUAAGAUUAAUAUAUAUAUAUAUCUAAAUAGGCACAAUUUUUUUUUCUAUUUGAAAUGACGUAAGUUAAUUUUAUUUACUGUAAUUAAUUAAUAUAUUGUUUAGGUAGUAAAAUUUAUAUAUAUCACACUUUAUAGGCAUCUAGUGACAUAAUAACUACCAUUUUAAUAUUUUAUUUAAAUGAAAUUAAAGGAUUAUGCCCUGUUUUCAUAUACCGCGCAGUUGGGUUAUUAAAUAAGAAUUUUAUAACGCCUUGUCGAAUGUUUUAGAUUAAAAUUUAGUUUUAAGCUCUAUUCUACUUUAAGACUACAUGUGCCAUUUUAGCACGUGCAUUGUACCUACUCGCUUCUCUCAACUUUUAUUUAUUUAUUUAUAGCAAUUAAAAACUAUUCCUUCAGGAACUAUAUAGUCAGGAAGUUCCGACAAUUCAAUAUUUCUUAAACGAAGCUAAUUUCAGCCUUGUAAUUUUCAAUACUUAUCAAAAGUUAUUUGUUGUCGCUAAUUAAUUAUCGAUUUAUCUUAAAAACUAUCUAAUCGUUUUGGGAAUUAAGGUGUGGUGAGCGAUUAUAGAUAGCUUCAAUCCGAUGAAUAAGGUAGGUGUUCCACCCUAAGAAUACAGAACAAAACUAGAAUAAGCGUUCGAGCAAAUUCAAAUGAGAAAUUCUUGACUACCUAGCGUGAUUCUUACUGGUUUCCUCUGUAUAAAUUAGAUCAAUGUUUAUGCAAAAUUUUAAUCAAUGCUUGUUGAUAGUGUUUUGUUAAGAAAUUGCAUUUCGGUUUUUUAAGUGUAAAAAUUGUAUACCCAAUUAUUACCAUUUAUAAGAUACCUUUGUAAUGAAGUAUUUCACAACCACCUCAGUAUAUACGACUGUUUGUUGCCAUUAAUAAAUUAAUUAUCCUUUAAAAUAAAUAAAAGACAUUAUGAUAGGCUUACAAACUUGGUAUUCUUUUUUAGGCAGUGGGCUAGCAACCUGUCACUAUUUGAAUCUCAAUUCUAUUAUUAAGCCAAAUAGCUGAACGUGGCCAUUCAGUCUUUUCGAGACUGUUGGCUCUGUCUACCACAAGGGAUAUAGAUGUGACCCUAUGUAUGUAUGUAUAAAUAUCUCGGAAGUGAUGGUUUCUAGUUUUGUUCUCUAUUCUAAGGUUUCACCCGUAGGUUAUGAGACGGGUAAACAUUUAAAAGAUAGGUAAGGGAUUAGAAGGUAAGACUGUAUUUAACGUAUGUAUAUUUUGAACCCAGUUAGGAAAUUCAAAGUUAACUCCGGAAUGAUUGGAUUUGUUGAAUUUAUUAGAUUUAAUUAUUUUUUGUAUAGUUUCAUUUAUUGUUAAAAACUACAGAGCAAUGAAGUGGGGUCUGUGUCAAAAAUUGUAACAUCACUGCCGCUUUUUAGCUUUUAAAUGUAGUAAAAAGUAAAUUUGAAUGUUUUAUACUACUUAUUUGUACUAGAAAAACCACAGAGCCGGGAAUGUCGCGCCGGUCUUUCUUGUGGCGUCGCAUUCACUGUUCUGUGGAACAAAAGAAUAUUUAAGCAAUUUAGGUAAACAUUUCUGGGUGCUGUGAAAUAAAUGUAAGAUUAAGCGCCUUAUAAGCUUUUUAUUUUUUUUAUCGACAUUUCUGAUCCUACUGUUGGGCAAAGAAAAUGGUUGAAAGAAGCUUUGGUCAGCAGAGGGAUUAAAAUUUUGAUAUCAUAAUACUUGUAAGUAAUACGAUUGAA